AUGGCUGCUGAUCGACGAAGCCAUGGGUGGGCCCGAAAGACGCACAACCAGUACGAUGCUAUACAGAAUCCUUAUUUGAGGCAAGGCCACUAUGACGCGUAUGGCAUAGGGCUUAGGUUAAAGAGCCUCAGUGAAUAUGGUCCGGAGAAAUAUCAGGUAGACAAGAUGAAUGAGCCUGGAAUGAAGCAGUAA